UGCACAGACGGCUUCAUGCAGUUUAUCUGUACUUGUCAUCCUGGCUUUACAGGGGAUGAAUGUGAAACAGUUAUUCCUGAUAAUUAUGAUCUCAAACUGGUUCCUGAGAUAUCUUCCAUUGUGUUUUCUGCUGAUGUGAGCACCGAAUUGCAGAAUAUAACUGUUUCUCUCUGGGUGAAGGCAGAUGUGACAUCAUCUGACAAGCAGCUCGUUGACUUUAAGAUGGGUAAUCUUCAGUUCGGCAUUUACAAUCCUUGCAGUCUUUUUUUCAAAGAAGCUGGUCGGAUUCAUUCAUCUACUGGGCCUACCAUUUGUGAUGGUCGCUGGCAUCAUGUAUUGAUCCUAUUCAUUAACAUUGGAAGAUGGUCUGUUCUCCUGGAUGGCUCUGAAAUUAUGAGUGACAAUAGUGAUGCAUCUCAAUACAAUCUCUCAGGAAACUUGCAACUUGAAGUUGGAGCUGAUAAAUUUGACCGAAACGAUUCUAUUUACAUGACUGGCAUCAACGUUUGGAGUGGAUAUGUUUCAGAUGACGUGUUGUCUAGAGUCACAUCAGAGUGUUUGCCACAGCUUUAUGGGAACAUUAUUUCAUGGACAGACUUUGACUCCCACCAGGCUUUUCCUACAACCUCCCUGACUCCCUCAAUGUGUGAUGAUACUGAUGAAUGUCAGAGCCUGACCCCCUGCCAAAAUGGAGCUACUUGCAUUGACAAACUCCGCUCCUACAUAUGCGUGUGUCUUGAAGAUAAUGAAGGAAUAAACUGUGAAAAGUUUAUCGACAUGUGCAAUAAUGCGAGCUGCGAGAAUGGAGGAUCUUGUAAAACUAUGAAUAGGACAAUUCUCUGUUCAUGCCCUGAAAGAUUUUUAGGAGAGUUUUGUGAGCUUGAAAUUAUUAAUGGUAGUUGGAGUGAUUGGUUGCCGUGGAGUCCAUGCAGUGCAUCGUGUGAAGGUGGAACUCGAAAUACUUUAAGGGAAUGUACCAACCCACCACCUAAUGAUUAUGGACAGCCUUGUCAUGGAGAAAAUACAAAACAAGAACCAUGUAAUAUCCAGGAAUGUCCAGGUUGUCUUCAUCUGCAGAGUCCUGAGAAUGCCACACUUAACUGUUGGAGUGAAGGUGAAACCAAGAAGUGCACAGUUAGUUGUAACUCAACUGAUCUUGGCUUCGUUCAACCUACACUGGCAGAGUAUUCCUGCGGCCUGGAGUCAGAUUACAAAUGGGAUCAUGAAAGUGAUAACAAUCGUAGAGCAAGUUUGCCUCCUUGCAGGGAAACGAUGUCUCCGGAUUCGUUAGAGGUGCAAGUCAACUUUGCUUACCCAGGCGCAACAUGUGCUUCGGUAGCAGAUGAAGAAAGCCUUAAAGAACUAGUCAGCUCUAACAUCAUGAACAAUGUUGAAGGCAGUGGCUGCAAUGAUUGUGCUCUCUCAAAUAUACAGGUCAACAAUUGUGGUGUGUCGAAGAAGAGGUCAGUUGAAGAAUCUCCUAUCACUAUCUCAUUCAACAUAGAUUUCAGCAAUGUAACUAUGGAGGGAUCAUUCAGCGAAUUUAGCAACAGAUUUGACAAUCGUGUGAAAAAUGGAUCCUUUUCCCUGGAAGUCGAUGGUCAGGUCAUUGCAGUUGAACUUAAUCAAAGUAGCGGUCAGGUCAAGAUUACGUGUCCAAGAGGGUCUGGUUUGACAGUACAGGGAACCUGCGUUGUAUGCCCCGCUGGUACUUUCCAGUACUUCCUACCAAACACCAGCACAGCUGUGUGUGCACCCUGCUUGCUACACACCUAUCAAGAUCAAGAGGGACAAGUUGAGUGUCUUCCAUGUCUUUCAGGUUUAAUAACGAAUGAUCCUGGAGCUGAUGAUAUCAACCAUUGUAUAGAACCAUGUCCACUUGGUCAUUACCAAGAUGUGUGGUCAGAUCCUAGUAACACUACAUGUGUUCAGUGUCCUCUUGGUACUUACCAAAACGAAAUUGGAUUCGAAAGCUGUUUCCCUUGUCCCACUGGAUAUGUAACUCUGGAACUAGGAGCAGCAAGUGCCUCUGAUUGUGUUGCGGUGUGUAAUGCAGGGCAUUACGUGGAUCUUUCAAACGAGACCAAUCCACAAUGCCCACCGUGCCCACUCAACACAUUCUUAGAUCUUGAUGUACAUCAAGAACAAGAAUGUUUUCCAUGUGCUCCAGGAAUGAUUACCAUCCAGAAUGGAUCUUCACAAAGUACCGACUGUUUUGUUGUGUGCCAGCAAGGGACCUAUCUGGAAAGUUCAUCGUGUAUUCCAUGUCCUCUAAACACCUAUCAAGACCAGACCAAUCAUCGUGAGGAAUCCUGCAUCCUAUGUCCUGGCAACCUGAUUACUUUCAAUGAAAGUUCAGACAAUCUUGCAGACUGUACAGUUGCUCCUGGAAUGGAAUGCAAUGCUGUACUUGAUCCAUGUACAGGAGGUGGGAUGUGUAUGAAUGCUACUGGCCUCAUUAACUGUACCUGCCCAAGAGGGUUCUACAACUACAAUGAUACCCAUUGCCAAGAUUAUGAGUCAACUACUCAACCUCCUGAAACAACAACUGCUCCACCGGGAUCAACUACUCAACCUCCUGAAACAACAACUGCUCCACCAGGAUCAACUACUCAACCUCCUGAAAAAACAACUGCCCCACCGGGAUCAACCACUCAACCUCCUGAGACAACAACUGCCCCACCAGGAUCAACUACUCAACCUCCUGAAACAACAACUUCUCCGCCGGGAUCAACUACUCAACCUCCUGAAACAACAACUGCCCCACCAGGAUCCACAACUCAACCUCCUGAAACAACAACUGCCCCACCAGGAUCAACUACUCAACCUCCUGAAACAACAACUGCUCCACCGGGAUCAACUACUCAACCUCCUGAAACAACCACUGCCCCACUAGGAUCAACUACUCAACCUCCUGAAACGACAACUGCCCCACCAGGAACAACUACUCAACCUCCUGAAACAACAACUUCUCCGCCGGGAUCAACUACUCAACCUCCUGAAACAACAACUGCCCCACCAGGAUCCACAACUCAACCUCCUGAAACAACAACUGCCCCACCAGGAUCAACUACUCAACCUCCUGAAACAACAACUGCUCCACCGGGAUCAACUACUCAACCUCCUGAAACAACCACUGCCCCACCAGGAUCCACAACUCAACCUCCUGAAACAACAACUGCCCCACCAGGAUCAACUACUCAACCUCCUGAAACAACAACUGCUCCACCGGGAUCAACUACUCAACCUCCUGAAACAACCACUGCCCCACCAGGAUCAACUACUCAACCUCCUGAAACGACAACUGCCCCACCAGGAACAACUACUCAACCUCUUGAAAUAACAACUAUUCAAGAGCCAACCACAUCCCAUCUACCAACAACCGACAUUGAUGAGUGUGCCAGUGGCAGUAACCCAUGCACUUUGGCUAAUGAGGAGUGUGAGAACACAGUUGGAAGUUACCAAUGUGUGUGUGCUGCAGACUUUGUGAGGACAAGAGGCUUUUGCCUGACUAGCGCCACCAUCACUGGGUCCAUCACCAUCAACCUGGUAAACGGCAGGAUCGUACCGUACACAGCCUCGCUAUCAGAUCCAACGUCGGAGGAAUACAUGAACUUGGAAGCCCUUGUCUGUGGAGCGUUUCUAAAUGUAAUUGAUGGUUGGGUAAACGCCAGCACGCCAUACCCCACGUCCACUUGUGAGGUCACCAGCUUUGCUCCGGGUUCAUUCUCUGAGAUGAUCGUGUCGUAUGCUAUCACUGUGUAUGGGGAGAAAACAGAGGGCAUAGCUACUGCUACCUCCGAUAUCAUGAGCAACGGAUUCUCUGGCGCUCCUUUAGUUUGGACCGAUGAGAACGGAAAUACCAUCCAACUUCUAUCCCUCUUCUUUAAUGAUGCUUCAGAGUGCAUGGUAGAAACAUCGUGUUCAGGACUAAAUGAAGGUUGUACUGAAUUAGACCCAGGCUUUGAGUGUUACUGCACCAAUUCUUCUAUACGAUUCAAGGAAAUUUGUUUGUAUUCUACAAGACUGGCUGGGAGUUUCCGAUACAAAAGCAUUAAUGGUGAUAAUGUAACCUACUCGCCUGCAUUAGCAAACACAGACUCAGCUGAAUUCUCAAAUAUGACUGCCAUCACAUGUGACGUGUUCAUGUACCAGCUUAAUCUAUGGAUGAAUGUCAAUGUGCCAUACACCUAUAUCGAAUGUAACAUCGCAGCCUUCCGCCCAGGAAGUAUCAUCGUCGACUUCAUCAUCGAUAUCUACGGCACAUCCCAGAUGGAGGCCAUGAUGAGGGCCCAGAUCGCUAGUGAUAAUGGAUUCCAAGGUUCUCCAAGUGACUGGACAGGGAAUGCUUAUACAGUCUAUGUGGAAGAACUUAUAUAUGAGAACCUGUGUGAGCCAACUCCGUGUGAAAAUGGAGGGACAUGCCUGUAUAAUGUCACUACCGAUACCACAUCUUGUUCUUGUCCGCCUGGCUUUGGUGGACCAGUCUGUGAAAACAAGGUUGCCUGUGAGAGACAUACUUGCCAGAACGGAGGAGUAUGCCAAGUAGACAUGAUGGGAGAUCCAUAUUGCGAAUGCCCCGCACAGUACACAGGGACGUUUUGUGAAAUUCCAGUUUCAUGUGAGGAGUUGGAUUGCCAAAACAACAGCACUUGCGAAGUUGACAGCAAUGGGGUUGCCUCCUGCAUCUGCUUGGAUGGAUAUGAAGGAAUCAGAUGCCAGCUAGAAUCAACUUCUGGUCUCUCAACAGGGAUCAUUAUUGGUAUCGUUUUGGGAGUCGCUGGUUGUGUUUUCCUUGUUGUUGUUCUCUGCUUCUGCUGGUUCAUCCUCUUUGCUGCUCGUCGUCGACAACAAUGCAAGCAAGAGUUCUUGGAGGGAGCAGAGAAUUGGGGUUACGGAGGGCGACGUUAUGCCCCAUCAUCGGCGCCAUCAUGUGGGGCAGUGGUGCGCAACGACCCAGCAGAGUUUGCCAGCGAGUCCUCGGACAACUUCUACUACUGCCAGAACACCAGAGGGCGACCUUUUGGUUCAACAGCUGCUGCUUCUGCUCCUCGUAACAGUCCCUUCUAUUAAUCCAUUAAUGUUAAUGCUGUUAUUGUUUCUCUUAAUAAUCACCAUUAAAAAAUCACCAUUAAGGAAAAUGUGUCUAUACUCAUUGAAAAAAGGAAGUAAUUAAACAAACUUAAUAUAUUACAACAGAAAAUAUUAAAUAUACAUACCCAAACCCAUACCUCAUUUCAGAUAAAGCUUGUCAUGCUGACCUGCUGACUGAAUGGGGGGCCAGCAUAGAUAAAUAUCCCCCUAUCCCUCAAACCCCCCCCCCCCCCCCAGUUUGUAGCAUAUUGCAAAUAGAAGAAAACUAUUAUUUGUCAUGGUCAAUUGCUCAAGGGAAAACAUCAAGGGCCAUAUAUUCCUACCUUUCAAAUCCAGAAUUGUCACCUAAAGCCCAAAGAUAAGUACAACUACGAAAUACGCAAUGGUUUUUUUUUUUUACUUCAGGUGUGUUAUUUUGGGUCUAUGUCAAAACCGGUUUUGAUGGAAUAACUUUCCAAAUAUUUUUUUAAGAUUCUAAUCUUCAGUGUAUUUGUACUAUUGCAUUUAUUUAGAUGUGCAAAGAAUGAUAUUAUUUUCAAUCAGACAUCACAGCAUCAGAUGAAGGAGAUGGGAGAUGCUUCAAAACAGUCAGCAACUGAUCAUGCCGAAAGUCAUCAUGAUAAUAAUGCAUAUGAAUAAUAUGUAAAAACUCAGUUGUCUGAUAAGAUUUUUUUCUUGAGUUGCCUGAUGAAAGGUAAAUGUAGGUAGUAACUUCAAUUUGACAGGCCUCUCAAAACAAAGGCAUACACACAAGAAAACUAUUAUCAUUGAUUAAACGUUGUAGAGAAGAACUUCCAGUGAAAGCGUUAUGAUUACACUUAAAGUCGUUUGUAAAUAGAGCCGUUCAAAGCCAUGGUUCUUGGACUUAUUGCCUGACCUUUGCAAGAACAUGCAGGUAACCAUGGUAACAUAUAGGUUAUGUUACCACAUUAUCAACUUCAAACCGCUAUUUCAACAGAUGACAUGAACAAUUUUUGUAACAUACAACUUACAGUUAAAUUUGACAUAACACUGAUGGAUUUUGACUGGACAUCAGUUUUCACAAUGACAUUGAUAGACAGACAAGGACUUAAGAACAAAAAAAAAAAAA